AUGCGCUUCCAGCUAUUCUCCCUCCUGUCUGUUGUCGCCAUCCUGGGCAUGGCCUCCGCAGCUCCCACCGCGGCGCCUGACGUGGAAGAGCGCAACUUUGGCGGCGGCGGAGGGCCCAGCGGACCUGACUGGCGCCGCAACUUUGGCGGCGGCGGAGGGCCCAGCGGACCUGACUGGCGCCGUGAGCCCGAAAUCUCUAGCGAGUGA